CAAUACAACUCUCGUCACCGCACAUAAAAAGCAGCAGGAAGCAGGAGCAGGAGCAGUUACAAAUCGCCGACCGAAGUUCACUUCCAUAAAUACGAAACAGUUCUGCCUCUUUCUUUCUUUUUUUUUUUCUUUUUUUCUGUGUAAACAUAUAAGAAACAGUAAUAUAAAUGGCAAAAGGAGAUGAUACAGUCACAAAAAAGAGAAACAAAGCAAAAAGAAAAAAGCUCAACAGAGAAAACUCUUCUAAUGUUUCAGCCCGUGUUGCUUCCAUUAUCGCCGCCAAGAAACGCCGUCUGUCUGGUAAACGCCGUAUGUGCCAGGGAAUGUGUUUCAGCCUUCCUACUCUAGAUGAUCCGUUCAAUGAACGGCAUGGUAGAAUGGAUAUUAAUGUAAAGGAUAAGAAAAAGAAAGUGAAUACAAGAGAGUUUGUUAAGGGGAAGAAUGCUUCUCUGAAUAAAGAAACUCUUAACAGGAAAAACGGAGAGGCGGAUCACCUGAAACGGAAAAAUGAGAAGCUUGUGAAUUUGAGGGGAGAGAUGAAAAAUUCAAUCAUUUUCAGUAAUAAUUUAGGACAAAAAAUUGCUCUUGACACUGAAAACAGAAAGGUUCAGUUGAAUGGGAAUGAUCUUAAUCAUCAAGAACAGGCCUGUGAUUACUCAGAUGGUCCAUCAAAGUUUUUUAUUCUGUGCUUGAAUGCAAUAGAGAAAGCACUGCGUCAUGAUGGUACCUAUAAUGAUGAGGAGAAGCCUCUGCUUGUUAACCCUUGGGGACUUGAAUUCUUAAAAUUUUGUUCAAUUGGAAAAGACAUACUGGAGACUAGUGGAUCUUCUUGUACUAUCGAGCAAAUUGCAUGGAUUGUGUCCAUUGCUGCCGAUGCUAUUGCAAGAAAAGAGAAAGAAGGGCUGUCAUUUUCCAGUCCAUUUCUUCUAUUCCUUGUACCAUCCCAAGAAAAAGCUGCUAAGGUACGUAUGGUGUGCAAACCUUUGAAAGAUCUUGGCGUUCAUACAGUCAGUUUACAUGCUGGUGCCUCUUUGGAUCACCAGAUCCGUGGCCUAAAGAGUUGUGAACCUGAGUUUCUUGUAUCAACACCUGAGAGACUUAUGGAGCUUAUCUCCUUGAAGGCAAUCGAUAUAACUGGGGUCUCCUUUCUGGUUGUUGAUGGACUGGAUUCUCUUUAUCAAGAUGGUUCACUUGGUUCUCUAAAAUCCAUCAGGCAAUCUAUUUCAGGAAAUCCUCACACUGUGGCUUUCAACAAUCUCUUUAAUCAUGCUUGUGUUCCUGCUCUGCAGAAUCUUUUCGUAGGAUCAAUUAAUAGAUUGUCGCUUAGUGACUCUAUUUGCAGUCAAAGUGCAUGCAUUUUUCAAACAAUAGAAGUGUGCACUUCGGAACAAAAAAAGCUUUCAAAGGUUGUGCAAGUGUUGCGUGGUGCUUAUGACGAUCAGCUUUGCUCCCACCGUUUGAAGUUGCUAUUCAUAGUUGAAAAUAAUAAGAAGGCUGCUAGUUUGGUUAAGAUCCUAAAAAGCAAUGGUUAUUCUGUUUCAACUGAGUCCAAUUGUGAGGUUUCAAAUGUUGACACCAGCCUGGAUUCAAAUUGCAGAAUGAAACCUGUAGUUUCCGUGAUAAAUGCAGAGCACAUCAGCACUGCUGACUUAGGUGUCUAUGAGAUCAUAAUUUUACCCAAUUUUGUCCUCUCAAUUGACAAUUAUAUACAAAUUCUCACAAGGAUGGCCCGGCACACUACCCAUGGCAUUUUGCAUAGCUUUAUGACUGAAGAAGAUGCAUUGUUAGCUGGACCACUGAUUGAAAUUCUUGAGCAAUGUGGACAGGCAGUGCCUGAAACUCUCAGAACCUUGCAUCUUAGAUCAUCCAUGUCAGAAUGAAGGUCCUUUAAUUCUUAAAGAUUUUGAUAUCGUCAUUAUUCUUGCUACAUUCCAAGAUGUCUCUACCAGAAAAAAGGUGAUUGAAAAUGCCAUUUACGUAAUUUUAUGCUCAUGGCUCUUGCAUAUAAUAUAGCUCUAUAUUGCGGGUUCUAUAGUAACUAGCAUGCUUUCUUUAGUGUUUCCGAAGAAAAUACACGAUAAGAUCCAGAAUGGUGGAUGGUUGAAGAGAUGGUAUAGCAGACUAGAAUUCUUCAUUGCAAAAACAAUUAUGUUUACAGUUCCUUUAGGCAGUUUUCAUUUGCAUACCAGACAACAUAUGUAAAAGAUUUUGAUUUGAUUGUUGUGCCAUUUUGCAAGAACCCAUGUCCCUUUUUUUUUUUCCUUGGAACAAUGUAAGAAAUUUUGUUUA